UGAUGUAGCCGUCGAUAUGUAGAGAGAUCAGGAAAUGAGACAGAGAUUCUAAUCCAAGAGCGUAAACUCUGCAGAUGUCGCCUCUGUCAAAGCCAUUGUGUUACGUGAAAGCCAGAAACUCCUUCGGCAACCAACGUCAUGCCACCAUCUCUCUUUGUGAACCAGAGACCGCCAUUAUAAAGUGAAGAACUUUAAUGGAAUCUUCAUUUCUAGAGAGAGAGAAAGAUAGAGGGAGAGAGAAGUUGCAGAAAACUUAAAUGGAACGAUUCCCGCUAUCUUUCUAUUACAGGAUCGCUGAUCAACUUGUGGACCAGGCAAAAGUUUACAGAGAUGAACAAAGAAUACAUGAUCUUUACACAACUCUCAGCAGAUAUUGCAGACUUGCCGAGGUAUUACCUCAACAUAAGAGUUUUAUGGCCUACUCUUUAAAUGAAAAGUUUCAUCACAAAAAGAUAUAUCAAGACUUCAUCCAAGAGCUACAAAUGUUGAACCAAGUGGUUGGCAAUGAUUCAUUGCCUCAAAAGAAUAAUUCCCUUUCAAGCAUUACGGAGAGGAAGGUUGCACAUUGCUGUACAGUAGGAACAAAGAGUAUGAGUUUCACCAGAGUUUAUGAGGAAAAAACUGGGUUGGCAUCUGUUUUCACAUUUGAUACAACCACUGCCAAGGAUUGGAAUUUUAAUUUGCAUAAAGUUAAGUCUUCUCCUUCUCCUAGUCUUUCUUGCAUAUAUAGCAUGCCUUUCACUGGCCGUGUUUCACAUCUCACUGCUGAUGAUUCAAAACAUGGGGACUCAAACUCUUCACUAAAUGGGAGCUCAGAAUCCAGGGUCCUUCAAGAUGUACAUAUUUCAGCGAGGUUGAUGGAAGGUUUUCUUGAACUUGCCAGAGAUAACACGGACAAGGAUCUAGAGACAUGUGGGAUUCUUGGUGCUUUUCUUAAGAAAGGGACCUUUUAUGUAACCACUUUGAUAGUUCCUAAUCAGGAAUCUACUUCCAGUUCUUGUCAAGCACUAAAUGAGGAGGAGAUUUACGCUGUACAAAAUGAGCACUCCCUCUUUCCCAUUGGCUGGAUCCAUACGCAUCCUUCUCAGACUUGCUUCAUGUCGUCCAUAGAUUUGCACACUCAUUACUCCUAUCAGGUAAUGUUGCCCGAGGCUUUUGCCAUUGUCAUGGCUCCAACUGAUACCUCAAGGAGCUAUGGAAUAUUUCGUUUGACUGAACCUGGUGGUCUGUCUGUCCUGAAAGAUUGCCAGGAGAGGGGAUUUCACUCUCACCCUGAACCACCUGAUGGGAGUCCACUUUAUGAGCACUGCUCUAAUGUUUAUAUAAAUCAAAAUCUGAGGUUUGAAAUCUUUGAUUUACGCUGAUUGAUGGAAGCUUAUGCUAGUUCAAAAGCAUUAAUAUAGUUGUUUGAAUGUGUGAGUUGAUCGGGUUUUCGAAUUUCAGUUACUCUGCAAAACCAAUCUCUCUGUGUCAGCUAAUUAUGUUUACAAUAACGUAGUUAAGGAAUGCAAUUGUAUGAACUUUCUUUUUUGGAUAUUCCACUUAAUCAAGAAUUCAAGAUAAACAAACCAAUUUUACAAAUUUAA